AUGCAGAAACAGACCAGCUCCAAGUCCUCCAAAUCCUUCCGAGGCUUCCUGCCCGUACUGUUAUAUCCUCUUCUCUUCUUCACCCUCCUCACAGUGAUCACUGUUAGUUCCAAAGUCUCCUACCCUUACUUCACCUUCUCCACCACCAACGCUAAUGCCACCACCCGAGACCAUAUUGUUUUACCUUACUCCAUCCACAGCCAGAUCUCUCGUCUGCAAACCCAGCUGGGAUCUUUGUUAGAGCAACUACAUACUGAAAAUCCACAGUCAAAGGCCGUGACCAAAUUUGCCGAUCAAGUACUUGGCAUUGCUGUAUCCUUGGACAAGCUUGUGGGUAGUCUAUCAGGACAGUAUAGAGAACCCCUGGCUGAUGAGAAGGAGAUGAGCACUGUCACUGUGGAUGAAAGUUUCAGUGAAGGUGAGGCAGAUGAAGAUGAAGCCGAAGAAAGAUCAGUGAGAUUAAAGAUGUUCCAGUCCAGUGAGCUUCGAGGGUAUACUUCUCCCAAGCCCAACAGGCAGAGUGGGAAGAAAAACUUCCUUGGAGUAGAAGCAGUGUAUCCAUCAGUUGGUCUGGCAUGUGCUGGUGUUGCAUCAAAUAUAGACCGCUUCAUGACCUACAAGGCCUUCAGUAUGUGCCCAGAUGACUGGGUUGUGGCUCAAAAGCUCACGGUGGCAGGGUGCGAACCUCUACCAAGAAGGAGAUGCUUCACAAAAUCGCCUCCAGGAUAUGGUAAGCCAUUCCCUCUGAACUCCUCUCUUUGGACUCUGCCUAGUGAUUCCAACAUCUUGUGGACUCACUACAAGUGCAAAGACUACUCCUGCCUGGUUUCCAACAACACAGUUGGCAAAAGAGGCUUCUUCAAAUGUGCCGACUGCUUUGACCUCUCCAAACGAGGCUGGGAGGUCCCUGCAAACCAGACCACUUCAGCAGAAUUCACAGUUGAUGAAGUUCUAAGGUUGAAACCUGGGGAGAUCCGUAUAGGACUGGAUUUCAGCCCCACAACUGGGACAUUUGCAGCAAUAAUGAAGGAGAAGAAUGUAACCAUUGCAUCAGCUACGCUGAAUCUUGGAGCCCCCUUCAAUGAAGUCAUUGCAUUGAGAGGCCUCCUCCCUCUCUACAUUUCAAUUGGCUCAAGACUGCCUUUCUUUGACAACACCUUGGAUAUCAUCCACUCCACCCUUUUCUUAGAUGGGUGGAUAGGACUCGACCUCCUCCAAUAUGUUCUGUUGGACUGGGACCGAGUCCUCCGCCCAAAAGGGCUACUUUGGGUGGAUCGCUUCUUUUGCAGCAAGGAAGACAUGAAAGUGUACUUGGAUGCAUUCUCUAAACUAGGCUACAAAAAGCUACUGUGGAGAGUAGUACCCAAGAUGGAUAAGAUGGAGGAUGAACUCUUUUUCUCUGCUGUAUUGGAGAAGCCAUUGAGAGGUUGA